CCUCCUCCGCCCCCGCCCGCGUCGGUCUUCAAAUGACCCCGGGGCUCCCCAGCCACAGCGAGACCCGGGAGCGAGCAGGAGAGAAGCGCCCGCGGGACCCGCAGCGAUGACACAGGACGUGCCCAAGCCCAACCGGGCCGCCCGCCACUGCUCAGGCCUGGCCCGGCGGGUGCUGACUAUCACCUUCGCGCUGCUCAUCUUGGGCCUCAUGACCUGGGCCUACGCCGCCGGGGUGCCGCUGGCCUCCGAUCGCUACGGCCUCCUGGCCUUCGGUCUCUACGGGGCCUUCCUCUCCGCGCACCUGGUGGCGCAGAGCCUCUUCGCGUACCUGGAGCACCGGCGGGUGGCGGCGGCGGCGCGGCGGGCGGCGGCGCGGGGGCCCCUGGACGCGGCGGCGGCGCGCAGCGUGGCGCUGACCAUCUCGGCGUAUCAGGAGGACCCGGUGUACCUGCGCCAGUGCCUGGCGUCCGCGCGCGCCCUGCAGUACCCCCGCGCGCGGCUGCGCGUCCUCAUGGUGGUGGACGGCAACCGCGCCGAGGAUCUCUACAUGGUGGACAUGUUCCGCGAGGUCUUCGCCGACGAGGACCCCGCCACUUACGUGUGGGACGGCAACUACCACCAGCCCUGGGAACCCGCGGCGGCGGGCGCUGCGGGCGCGGGCGCCUACCGGGAGGUGGAGGCGGAGGAUCCGGGGCGGCUGGCGGUGGAGGCGCUGGUGAGGACGCACAGGUGCGUGUGCGUGGCGCAGCGCUGGGGCGGCAAGCGCGAGGUCAUGUACACGGCCUUCAAGGCGCUCGGCGACUCCGUGGACUACGUGCAGGUCUGUGACUCGGACACAAGGCUGGACCCCAUGGCACUGCUGGAGCUGGUGCGGGUGCUGGAUGAAGACCCCCGGGUAGGGGCUGUUGGGGGGGACGUGCGGAUCCUUAACCCCCUGGACUCCUGGGUCAGCUUCCUAAGCAGCCUCCGGUACUGGGUGGCCUUCAACGUGGAGCGGGCUUGUCAGAGCUACUUCCAUUGUGUGUCCUGCAUCAGCGGUCCCCUAGGCCUAUACAGGAACAACCUCCUGCAGCAGUUCCUUGAGGCCUGGUACAACCAGAAAUUCCUGGGCACCCACUGCACCUUCGGGGACGACCGGCACCUCACCAACCGCAUGCUCAGCAUGGGCUAUGCCACCAAGUACACCUCCCGCUCCCGCUGCUACUCUGAGACCCCCUCGUCCUUCCUGCGCUGGCUGAGCCAGCAGACACGCUGGUCCAAGUCCUACUUCCGAGAGUGGCUCUACAACGCGCUCUGGUGGCACCGGCACCACGCGUGGAUGACCUACGAGGCGGUGGUCUCGGGCCUCUUCCCCUUCUUCGUGGCAGCCACCGUGCUGCGGCUCUUCUACGCGGGCCGCCCGUGGGCGCUGCUGUGGGUGCUGCUGUGCGUGCAGGGCGUGGCGCUGGCCAAGGCGGCCUUCGCGGCCUGGCUGCGGGGCUGCCCGCGCAUGGUGCUGCUCUCGCUCUACGCGCCGCUCUACAUGGGCGGCCUCCUGCCCGCCAAGUUCCUGGCGCUGGCCACCAUGAACCAGAGCGGCUGGGGCACCUCCGGCCGGCGCAAGCUGGCCGCCAACUACGUGCCCCUGCUGCCGCUGGCCCUCUGGGCCCUGCUGCUGCUCGGGGGCCUGGUCCGCAGCGUGGUGCACGAGGCCCGGGCCGACUGGAGCGGCCCUUCCCGCGCCGCCGAGGCGCACCACCUGGCAGCAGGGGCCGGCGCCUACGUGGGGUACUGGGCCGUCAUGCUGACGCUCUACUGGGUGGGCGUGCGGAGGCUGUGCCGGCGGCGGUCGGGGGGCUACCGGAUCCAGGUGUGAGUCCAGGUGUGCGGGCUGCUCGCCCGAGGGACUUCAGGGGAAGCGAGAGGACACCAGCAGGGGCCCUGGGGAGCCACGGACUUGCUGGGUGAUUCUCUGGGCCUCGGUUUCCCUCCUCUGUGAAGCGAGGGGGUCGACCCAAGAUCCUUCAGCCUGGACUAUUUUGGGGCUGGGACUUCAGGGUCUCUGGGGAGGGGUAUUUAUUGAUCAGGGCGUGGAUUUUUAGGAGUGGGAGGACAAGGGUCCCCACAUGCUGUCCUGGGGCCUCCUUCCUCCCUGUUAUUUAAUAUCCAUUUGUACUGUGUGAUUAGGAUGUAAUAAAGAAUUUUAUUUAUUUU